AUGCCAGACGGAAUCUCUGUAGCUGAGUACCUGUUUCGUCGUCUCCGCGAGGCAGGCCUAAAUGCCGUGCAUGGCGUUCCAGGCGACUACAACCUGAGACUUCUCGAUUAUGUUGUACCGGCGGGGCUUGAAUGGAUUGGAAAUUGCAACGAAUUGAAUGCUGGAUACGCUGCAGACGGGUAUGCUCGCAUCAAGGGUAUAGGGGCAAUUGUGACGACCUUUGGCGUUGGGGAGUUGUCGGCUAUCAAUGCGAUCGCCGGUGCUUAUGCAGAGAUGGCACCGGUGGUGCAUAUCGUCGGUACUCCGAAUCAGACCGAUCAAGCUAAUGGAGCCAAGCUCCAUCAUUCCUUGUGUCGCGGAAUGCCUGAUGAUUUCAAGAUGUUCGCCGAAAUGUACGAGAAAGUCACUGUCGCGCAGGAGAAUCUUACGGAUGUCUCCGCAGCAGCCGCACAAAUUGACCGGGCCAUUCGUGAGUGCUUCUUCCAGUCUCGGCCUGUUUACAUACGGGUGCCUAUGGACAUGGUGGAUGCUAUCAUCCCCGGAACUCCGCUUGCCCGAGCGCUGGAUCUCACACCUGCCCCGAGCGACCCUAUCGUUGAAGAUGAAGUCUGCAAUAUAAUUGUGGACCGUAUCAAGAACGCAUCAAAUCCAUUCAUCUUGGUAGAUGCGGGAACUUCGCGUUACGGGCUUUCGAGCCAGGCUGAUGAACUGAUCAAGGCCACCGGGUUUCCAACUGCCACGACACCGUUUGGCAAGGGAAUUGUUGAUGAGACCCUUUCCAAUUUCCAUGGGAUUUACGGAACGGUGGGGCCGAACACGUACACAUCUUAUGUGGACUCUUGCGAUCUUAUCAUCAACAUCGGCCCGGCUCACAGCAAUGUGAACACAUACUAUUUUGCUACCGUCCCCAGGCCGGAGGUCACUGUCGCUAUCGACAGAAAUGCCAUCCAUAUUGGAAACCGCGUCUGGAAUGUGUCACCGCAGAAUGUUCUCCGAGCAGUCCUCGAUUAUCUAAAAGAAAAUGCACUCGGUCACCUCGCGCCAUAUCCCGAUUUGCCGGACUUGUGCCUGGCCCUCAAAUAUCUUCCUCCAGUCAAGUCAGACUCCAAAUUGACACAAGACAUCUUCUGGCUCCGCAUGUCGACCUUCUUCCACAGUGGUGACAUUAUUCUCACUGAAACCGGAACCGCUAGCACCGGAGGACGGGACUUCGUUCUACCAAAAAAUACGACGCUUAUCAAUUCGAGCAUCUGGCUCUCCAUCGGGUAUAUGCUCGCCGCGACGCAAGGGGCUGCGCUCGCACAACGACACAUCGCCCGGUUCAACGGUCCCCUCUCAAACGGUCGCACCAUCCUCUUCGAAGGCGACGGCAGCUUUCAAAUGACGGCUCAAGAGCUGAGUACCAUCAUCCGGCAAAAGCUAGACGUGAUCAUUUUCAUCAUCAAUAAUAACGGGUAUACGAUUGAACGGCUUAUUCACGGCCCACAAGAACCGUAUAACGAUGUCGCUUCAUGGAGAUACCUCGAAGCACCGUCAUUCUUUGGUGCGAAAAAAUCAGAUACGUCGUAUCCUGUCUUUACUGCGAGAGCGGGCACGUGGGCCGAGCUUGAUGGUAUUCUAGGGAGAGACGAGUUGCAGACUGGGAAGGGGUUGAGAAUUGUGGAGUUAAUGAUGGAUGUGAUGGACUCUAACGAUACUUUGAGAUUGAUGCUGGAAAUGUAUAAAAGUAAGGAAUGA